CUUCAAUUCAUUACUUAUUUCCUUCUUCAUCACUUUAUCUAUCUUACACUAAGAAACAACAUUUUUUCUCCAAACCUUUCUUUUCUUUUUUUUUUUUCUCCUCUUUUUUAAUCUCCAAACCUCUUUCUUCUCCAAGACUUCACUUGGAGACUUCAAAUUAAAGUGGCAAUAAUGGAAUUUCAUCUCUUGUGGGUUGGCUUCUUCCUUUGCUCUGGAUUUUGGGUUCUUACAUUGAGUGAUCAAGAUGGUUUCCUAAGCUUAUCUUGUGGAGCAACUACCACCUUCACCGACUCCUCCAACAUUUUAUGGCUUCCGGACGUCGGCUACAUCAGCUCCGGUAACACGUCAAUCAUCGACAACGGUCAUGCUCGGUUCUUCCCUGACCCCCGAGCGCGAAAUUGUUACAAGUUGCCACUUAAAAAUACCUCCUCAUCAGUUCUUAUUAGAGCUAAAUUUGUGUAUAAAAACUAUGACAAACUUGGGAAGCCCCCUGCAUUCUUUGUUUCUCUUGGGACAGCCAUAACUAGCAUUGUCAACCUUACUUUUCAUGAACCUUGGACUGAGGAGUUUGUAUGGCCAGUUAACAAGGAAACUGUCUCCUUUUGUUUACAUUCCAUUCCUCUAAGUGGUAGCCCUUUGAUAUCUUCGAUCGAACUCCGGCCACUACCGCGAGGAUCGUACGAAGAUGAUGGCUUGCUUCAGAGUCGGGCUCUUAGAAAGUCUUAUCGAAUCAAUUGUGGUUACACUAAUGGAUCUCUCAGGUACCCGAUCGAUCCAUACGACCGAGUAUGGGACGCGGAUCGCAACUUCAAGCCAUUUCAUGUGUCAUCAGGGUUCAAAGUUGAGGCCAACUUUGAUUUGAUAGGAGUGAAGGAAGCUCCACCAGCUGCAGUGGUUGAAACAGCAAGAGUUUUGACAAGAAGAGAUGAGCUAAGCUAUAACUUUCCACUUGAAGAGGAAGAAGGAGAUUACUAUGUGAUUCUUUAUUUUGGUGGGAUUCUUGCUGUUCAUCCUUCAUUUGAUGUGUUAAUCAAUGGGAGAGUUAUAGAAUCAAAUUACACUUUUGAAAAGGGAGAGAUAAGGGCUUUAUAUGUCAUUCAAGAACAAAUCAAGAGCUUGAAUAUCACUCUCAAGAGUGUUAAAUACUAUCCUCAGGUCAAUGCUAUUGAGGUCUAUCAGAUUGUUCAUGUUCCUUUGGAAGCUUCAUCAACCACAGUUUCAGCCCUACAGGUGAUUCAUCAAUCUACUGGUUUGAAUUUGGGUUGGGAAGAUGAUCCAUGUUCCCCAAGAACAUGGGAUCAUGUUGGAUGUGAAGGAAACCUUGUUACAUCCCUAGAGCUUUCCAACAUCAACUUGAGGACGAUCAGCCCGACGUUUGGCGACAUUCUCGAUCUCAAAUUACUGGAUUUGCACAACACUUCACUUUCAGGGGAAAUACAAAAUUUGGGCAGUCUGACCCAUCUUCAAAAUUUGAACUUGAGUUUCAACAAGCUAACAUCAUUUGGGUCAGAUUUGGAGAACCUUAGCAACCUCAAAAUUCUGGACUUGCAGAAUAAUAGCCUGCAGGGAAUUGUUCCAGACGGCUUGGGAGAACUUGAAGAUCUCCAAUUAUUGAAUUUGGAGAACAAUAGGCUGGAAGGCACCCUUCCAUUAUCCUUGAACAAGGGAAGUCUGGAAAUUAGAACAAUAGGAAAUCCUUGCCUGUCUUUCUCCACAAUGACAUGCAAUGAUGUGUCAUCAAAUCCAGCCAUUGAAACACCACAAGUAACAGUUGUUCCUGAAAAGAAGGAGAUGAACAGCCAUAAUAAUACUAACAAUCAUAUAGCUAUCAUAAUUAUUGUUUCUGCAGUUGCUUCUGCUUUGCUAGUUCUCAUCACUCUCUGCCUUUCACUUUUACUCUACAUGAGGAGGCACUCUCAACACACAACAACUGAACUCACAUACUCAACAAAAGCAGCAAUGGAGCUAAGGAAUUGGAACUCUGCAAAAGUAUUCUCAUACAAGGAGAUAAAGGCAGCUACAAACAACUUCAAGGAGGUGAUUGGAAGAGGAAGCUUUGGAUCUGUUUAUCUUGGAAAGCUUCCAGACGGGAAACUUGUCGCUGUCAAAGUAAGGUUUGACAAAACUCAACUUGGGACUGAUUCCUUUAUCAAUGAGGUUCACCUCUUGUCUCAAAUUCGUCAUCAAAAUCUUGUUUGUUUGGAAGGAUUUUGUAAUGAAUCGAAACGACAGAUACUUGUUUAUGAGUAUUUACCUGGUGGAUCCUUGGCUGACCACAUCUAUGGCAUGAACAAAAAAAGUGUUUCACUUAGCUGGAUUAGAAGACUCAAAGUUGCUGUUGAUGCAGCAAAAGGGUUGGACUAUUUACACAAUGGAAGUGAGCCAAGAAUAAUCCACAGAGAUGUGAAGUGUAGUAACAUUCUUUUGGAUAUGGAAAUGAAUGCAAAAGUUUGUGAUUUUGGGCUUUCCAAGCAAAUUUCACACCCUGAUGCAACUCAUGUCACCACUGUUGUCAAAGGCACUGCUGGCUAUUUGGAUCCUGAGUACUAUUCAACUCAACAGUUAACUGAAAAGAGCGACGUGUAUAGUUUUGGAGUUGUGUUGUUGGAGCUCAUUUGUGGAAGAGAGCCCUUGAGUCGCACAGGAACUCCAGAUUCUUUCAACUUGGUGCUAUGGGCAAAACCCUACUUACAAGCAGGUGCAUUUGAGAUAGUAGAUGAAAAUUUGAGAGGAAGCUUUGAUGUUGAAAGCAUGAAAAAGGCAGCUCUUGUUGCUAUAAGGUGUGUGGAAAGAGAUGCUUCUCAAAGGCCUAAUAUAGGACAAGUUUUGGCAGACCUAAAUGAUGCUUAUGAUGCACAAAUUGCAUAUCUUUCUAAUUUUGACCAUUGAGAGACUUUAUUUUAAUUUGGAGGCAAUGGUAAGGAAUAUAAUCUAUCGUCUAUUGUCUAUUUAUUUAUAUCUAUACUAUAAAUUUGUACAAGAUUUUCUUUUUUUUACACAUGUAAAAUAAGAUAAUGUUAUAUUAUUAGAGAGUAAAAUGUUAUGAUCGAAGGACAAAAUGUUAUGUGUUAAAGUUCUUCGAUUCGUAUAUGAAGGAAAAAUUUGAUUGGGUAAUCUUGUUUUCUAAAAAUAUUUGUAAAUAUGUAUUUUUAUGAGAAUAUGAUUGAUGUAAAAAUAUAUAUUUUUUUUUG